AUGGCGUAUGCCCCCGUGCCGCGAAACUUCAUUGAUCUCGCAAACGCCAUAGCAAAGAAACCAGAAGAACCUUACAAUGUCAUAGGAGUUUGCGUUGACUAUCUCGAUGCCACUAAGUCCAGGGGAACAGACUACACCAUCAAAUUCGUUCUUCACGAUCCGGUCUGGAGUUGUGGCCAGGGGAUGAGCUUCCGAUUCUUUGCAAGACAAAUCGAUAAGCUUCCAGCAAUUCGAAAUCAGGGAGAUAUAGUCAUCCUGCGGAACGUUAAAACCCACAGCAACAAUGGUGAGGACUUCGGUAUGUCCCACUCCACAUCCACCUGGGUUGUCCUCCCAUUCAACGAAUUGGACAAUCUGAGUUCCCCUGAGCACCUGAAGAGUAAGGCCAGAUGGUUCGGAAAGGGAGAUUCCACACGUUACCCACAGGCAGUCCUUCCGAAUGAGGACGAGCUUAAAUAUGCCAGAUGGAUCGCGCGGCAGGAAGACCCGAAUCGAUGGGACAAAUUGGCCGGAGCCACCAGGUUACAAAUCGAAAGCACAAUGAGACUUGGUGGCGGCGAGCCUCCUCCUCGAGCCACCAGAUUCCGCUUGAUCAAAGACCUCGAGAGACCUGCAAGCCACAGGGGUAAAUAUUGGGUAGAGCUCCUAGGAGAAGUGCGAAAAAUUUACUCCAGCGACAUGAAUACCGAAAUUUAUGUGACGGACUACACUCACAAUGACGAACUCUAUGACUAUCAAUACAAUGAUAAUGACAAUGGGCGAGACGGGGAUGAAUUCGGCUACACCAAAGACGUGGGCACGAAGUGGCCUGGCCCUUGGGGUAAGAUGACAAUGACCGUUACGCUCUGGGAUGCUCACUUUAUAUUCGCGAAGAGGCAUGUUAAAGAGGGCAGUUUUGUCUAUCUGCGUAAUGUCGAGAUCAAAAUGGCCAGGGAUGGGUCUAAAUUAGAAGGACACUGUCGCGGAGAUCGCAACGGCCCAUCCCGCGUAAAUGUUGCCCUGAGAUUUUACCGCAAAGACGACAAUGAUGAGCAGAUGAAGGCACUCGUGAUGCGGAAGCGAGAUUACGAGUCAAAGGCAAGAGCAGAGAACGUUCGGUUCACAAAGAUUGCACAGGAUAUGAAUAAGAGGCGAGCGGAGGAACCAACUGAAUUGGAGGAUAUGCAUAAGAACAAAAAGGCCAGAGCGAGAAACCGGAAGAAAGAGAGGAGGGCAAAGGCCGAGGCUGAACAAUCGAGGGAGAACGGCGCAGCAGCGGAGGACAAGUCGUUAAUGAAGUCCAAUGUCAACAUCCGAUGCAAUCGAAUCGAGGUACCCUGUAAGCCGAUUGUCGACAUUCUUGACUCGGAGAUUCUGGACCGCAAUACCUCGAAGGGCAACCCUUUCAGACUUCCUUUCCAAAAUUGCAGGUAUAAGGGCCAUGUCAGGGUCGUGGAUUUCUUCCCAGACAACAUCGCCGACUUUGCCGUCCCUCGAAGAAUCUCGGAAUAUGAUGCGCUAUCUGACGAUGACGAUGACGAUGACGAUGACUCUGAUAUUGAUCUCAUGCGAGACAAUGGAGAAGACGUGAAAUGGGAAUGGCGGUUUUUUCUGCUUGUGGAAGAUGCCAGGCCGCAGGCAGUUCGCGAUGGAAGGCCUACACAGAUGGAAUUGCUUGUCGCAGACACGGAUGGAGAUUUCCUCCUGAAUAUGGAGGCUUGCAAUUUGAGAGACGAGGGCAACGCACAAAAGCUGGCGACAGUGAAGGAGAAGCUGUUUCAUCUCUGGGGUGACCUUCAGGAAAGGAAAGAGGAGUCUUGCACAGCCGAAUCGCUGAGCGUAAAGCCCAAUGCUAGGCCUUUCGAGUGCCUGAUUAAGGAGUACGGUGUACCUGUCCGAAGCAGUCAUGCACAAUCGAGUGACAGCGUGAUGUACGAGAGGCAUUUCCGUUUAUUCGGAACAACCAUAUAA